AUGAGAAUACAUAGAACGGGCGUCAAAUGCAAAAAACUGUCCCAUGUAUUGCAGAUUCGUGCUUGCGUCUUCUUGGCUCUCGCCACCAGCGCCUUCGCCGGUUUCACCGGCUACGGUCUGGGCUACGGCUACGGCCACGGCCUUGGUUACAGCGGUCUUGGCUACGGCCUUGGCUACGGUGGCCUUGGCUAUGGCGGUCUCGGCUACGGUUAUGGCCUGGGCUACGCCGGCUAUUCUCCAGCUGUGCACACUGUCGCCCACGCUGCUCCAGCAGUCACCACUGUCGCCCACGCCACCCCAGCCGUCGCCAGUUACGCCGUUGCCCCAGCAGUGAGCCAUGUUGCCGCCUACCACGCUGCACCAGCUGUGGCUACCGUCGCCACUGCUCCAGCCGUUGCCACCUACGCUGCUGCUCCAGCCGUGACCAAGGUUGCUACCACCUACCACGCUCCAGCUGUCACCACUGUGGCCCACGCCCCAGUUGCCACUUACGCCACUGCUGUCCACGCCGCUCCAGCUAUUGCUACCGUUGCCCAUGCUCCAUUUGUCGGUGGCUACCAUGCUGCCCCAGUCUACGGCUAUGGCGUCGGAACCCUCGGCUACGGCGUCGGCCACUAUGGUUUCGGACACGGUCUCCUCGGCUACGGCCUGAACUAUGGCUAUGGCCUUGGCUCUCCAUUCCACUACGGCGCUCUUCUCCGCAAGAAGAAGUCUGAGUCGAGCUUUUACACCAGAGAUACCGCGGCAAGGGCGCCCCACGUGCGUAAAACUGUCGCCCACGCUGCUCCAGCCGUCACCACAGUCACCCACGCCGCCCCAGCCGUCGCCACUUACGCCGCUGCCCCAGCUGUGACCCGCGUUGCGGCUUACCACGCUGCCCCAGCUGUGGCUACCUACGCUGCUGCUCCAGUUGUUGCUGCUGCUCCAGCCGUGACCAAGGUUGCUACCACCUACCACGCCCCAGCUGUGACCACCGUGGCCCAUGCCCCAGUUGCCACUUACGCCACUGCUGUCCACGCCGCUCCAGCUGUUGCUACCGUUGCCCAUGCUCCAUUUGUCGGUGGCUACCAUGCUGCCCCAGUCUACGGCUAUGGCGUCGGAACCCUCGGCUACGGCGUCGGCCACUAUGGUUUCGGACACGGUCUCCUCGGCUACGGCCUGAACUAUGGCUAUGGCCUUGGCUCUCCAUUCCACUACGGCGCUCUUCUCCGCAAGAAGAAGUAAAUGACGUCACCCUACCAGACCUGGAAGCAGACAAUAGUCGCGUCCAUGCUAGCGUUGCUCAUGGCGAACAAAACUUACAAAUAAAGUAUUUUAUUACCCCUAAA